GUUAAAUAAUACAUGUAAAUCUGAGAACGCCGUGUACCCGUCCACUUCUCUAAAUGGCCUGUAGAUGACGACAUUGUAACAGCUAAUUGAAAGCGGCACAUUGCUCUGACAGGAUGUAGGGAAAGAUUUCCUCUGAUACUCUGAAGGAGGAGAUGCUGCAUCAUGGCAUGCACUUGUUUUAUAUUUGCUUUUGGUCAUCUGGCGCGAAUAUGUUUCAUUUUAGCCAUUGACAGCAAUACCAUCUAAACUGAAACGACCUGUUUUUACCAUACAUCCGAGGUUUGCUGCUCCAAUAUCAUUAGAGGAGGAUAAUAAUGUGGUGAUUUGCGGAGGGUGUAGCAGUCGCGUGAUACAGUAUCUUUGCAAGUGACCAUCAUCGUCAUCAUCAUCAUCAGCAUCAUCAUCAUCAUUAUCAUCCAUAAGGAAAGAAAGAGCAGCUCAAUAGGAAACAAUGGCGGACAAAAGUGACCUAAAAGCCCAGCUAGAGCGCAAAAAGCAGCGGCUAGCUCAGAUCAGGGAGGAGAAGAAGAGGAAGGAGGAGGAGAGGAAGAAGGAGGUAAGGAAGAAAAAAACAGAGACGCAUCAGAAGGCUGAAGCUGCCCCAGUGGACUCUGACUUGGACCGGAAGCGCAGAGAGACAGAGGCGCUCCUACAGAGCAUCGGCAUCUCCCAAGAACCAUCACUAGUCCCGAUCCCCAUGUCCCCAUCCAAAUCAGUAAGCCGACACAGCACCCCCAGUGAGACGAGAAGCCAGGACUCAGCCGAUGGGGCCGCAGCCAGCAGGACCCUGCAGUGGGACUCUGACCCCUCUGUUCUGCAGCUGCAGGCAGACUCCGAGCUAGGGCGCAGGAUGCAUAGACUGGGGGCGUCUAAGAUCACACAGGUAGACUUCCUACCCAGAGAGGUGGUGUCGUACUGCAAAGAGACUCAGACGACCAUCAUCCAUCUGUCUGAGGAGGAGGAAGAGGAGGAUGAAGAGAUCACAGAGCUGAAGCCUGGUCCAGAUUCUGACCAGCAUGAGGAGGAGGACAGCAAGGAGACAGAAGAGGGCUACCCCUGCACGGAGCUGACAGAGGAAGAGAAGCAGCAGAUCCUGAAAUCAGAGGAGUUCCUCAGUUUCUUUGACUGCAGCAUCAGGGUGAUGGAGAGAGCCCUGGCCCAGGAAUCAGACAUCUUCUUCGACUACAGCGGACAAGACCUGGAUGACAAGGAGGGGGACUUACAAGGUGGGUCCAGUCUGUCCCUCAGUAGGUUGUUCUAUGACGAUCACUGGUCCAAACAUCGAGUCAUCACCUGUCUGGACUGGUCCCCUCAGUACCCAGAGCUGUUGGUGGCAUCCUACAACAACAAUGAGGAUGCUCCUCAUGAGCCUGACGGUGUAGCUCUGGUCUGGAACAUGAAGUUUAACAAGAACACACCUGAGUAUGUCUUCCACUGCCAGUCUUCAGUGGUGUCGGUGGGCUUUGCCCGGUUCCAUCCUAACCUGGUGGUGGGCGGAACUUACUCUGGCCAGAUAGUCCUGUGGGACAACCGCAGCCACCGCAGGACUCCUGUACAGAGAACCCCCCUCUCAGCUGCAGCUCACACGCACCCGGUAUACUGUGUAAACGUGGUGGGAACCCAGAAUGCCAACAACCUGAUCACCGUGUCCACAGACGGCAGGAUGUGCUCCUGGAGUCUUGACAUGCUCUCUCAGCCACAGGAGAGCAUGGAGCUGGUGUACAACAAGUCUAAAGCGGUGGCUGUGACAGGCAUGGCGUUCCCCACUGGAGACGUCAAUAAUUAUGUGGUGGGGAGUGAGGAGGGAACCGUGUACACCGCAUCCAGACACGGCAGCAAGGCGGGGAUCUGUGAAAUGUUCGAGGGCCACCAUGGGCCUGUGACGGGCCUCAGCUGUCACAACGCCGUUGGCCCUGUAGACUUCUCCCACCUCUUCGUCACCUCGUCGUUCGACUGGACUGUCAAACUGUGGAGCACUAAGCACAAUAAACCCCUGUACUCCUUUGAGGACAGCGCUGACUACGUCUAUGAUGUCAUGUGGUCCCCUGUGCACCCGGCUCUGUUUGCCGCUGUGGACGGGAUUGGCCGGCUGGAUCUGUGGAACCUCAAUAAUGACACAGAGGUCCCCACAGCCAGUGUGACUAUCGAGGGAGCCUGCGCCCUAAACAGGGUGCGCUGGGGGUCGGGGGGCAAGGAGGUAGCCGUGGGUGACUCGGAGGGCCGUCUGUGGAUCUACGACGCAGGAGAGCUGGCAGUGCCCCACAGUGAGGACUGGGCACACUUCACCGACACCCUGAUGGAGCUCAAAGCCAACCGGGCCGACAGGGAGGAGGAAGGGCCUGUGGAACUGACGCCAUAGGAUUGGAUGGAUCACUUACCGUGGGAUCCAAUGGGAUCACCAUCCAAGCGUCGACAGGCACAGUGGGAAGAUCACUAGGGGAUCCAGCCUAUCAGAAGGCUUUGUUCUUACACCUUUAUGACAUCAUUCCACAAACCUAUCUAAGCAGCAGCAUGUGUUCUAGACCCCGCCCCUUCAGUCUCUGUGACAGCUACUUAACAGCUGUAUGUCCAGGCUAGGACCUUCUCUACUCUAUUUGCGUCACUGUUUUUGGGGGGGAUUUAUUUUGUAGUAAUUUAUGUUAAUGUACGUUAGUUGUAUAAGACUAACUAGAGAACAUCUAGCUUCUUUUCAUUUUAUUAAUUGAUUGAUUUAUUUAAUUGAUGUGGUCAGUUGUCAUUCAGAGGUAUUGCUUAUAACCUAAAUGAACUCCAUAUCAAAUCAUAGGUCCUACUACAGUUGUGAAGCCCUAUGAAACUUGCAGUGAGAACUGUUAGACUGGGCCUAUAGAGCUCUAUAUUGUCAUGUUUCAAAAGUCUCAUGUUCACAGUGGUUUUGUUGUGCUUUUCUCUGUACCCAACCCCCUGCAUGCAUGCAUGCAACACAUUUACGGAUUCAUACAGCUUCCUAGACAUGUCAGCAUAUGUUGUGGAUGUAUGUAACUGCUUUAUGUCAUUGUUAUAGGACUAUAAUGUACAGUUGAAGUCAGAAGUUUACAUACACCUUAGCCAAAUACAUUUAAACUCAGUUUUUCACAAUUCCUGACAUUUAAUCCAAGUAAAAAUUCCCUGUUUUAGGUCAGUUAGGAUCACCACUUUAUUUUAAGAAUGUGAAAUGUCAGAAUAAUAGUAAAGAGAAUGAUUUAUUUCAGCUUUUAUUUCUUUCAUCACAUUC